UGGUAGCUGAUCUAAAUAGCACUUUGGCCUUCCUAAUCAGGUGCUUGAGGAAUACCUUGUUUAGUCUUGUUUCCUAUGUGUAGGUGACUAUCUACAAAUCAGUACGUUCUGCUAUUCACUUUGGAUAUACAAUGGCUAGAACUUCUUUGGGGCCAAUCUUGACUUUAUUAAUCUGCUGCUUCAUCAUCUUUUCACAUUCGUUAUCAGUAUUUAUGAAAAAAGAGGAGGCAAACCAGGUUCUGAGAGUUCAGAAACGUGCUAAUACCUUCUUGGAGGAGAUUCUCCCAGGAAAUUUGGAAAGAGAAUGCAGAGAGGAACAGUGUUCGUUUGAGGAAGCAAAAGAGAUUUUCAAGUCAAAGGAGAAAACGAUGGAGUUUUGGUUCGAUUACAAAGAUUCCAACCUCUGUAAAGAAAAUACAUGUAAAAAUGGUGGCAUAUGCAAGGUCAGACGCUAUACAUAUUCCUGUACUUGUCCCCCGAGGUAUGGAGGAAAUCUGUGUGAAAUAGAGAAAUUUGAAUGCUGGUACAAAAAUGGGGGGUGUUGGCAAUAUUGCCAAGAUACUGAACAUUCGUUUCAUGUGAUCUGCUCCUGUGCAGUAGGAUAUACGCUAAAUGAAGAUGGGAAGAGUUGCACCCCCUCAGAGCGCUUUCCCUGUGGACUGGUUAAGCAAUCCACACGUUCUUAUGAGGAAACCAAACAAAGUGAAAUGAAUGCUCAGGAGAACAGGACCAACUGGAAUCAGACGCUAAGUUGGGCUUCCUCAGGAUUGUUGAACCUCACAGGAGAAACUGAAGAUGAUGACAUGGAAGAGCUAAAGGGAAAUUUCACAGAAGAGGAUUUACACAUAUGGCAAAACAUCAACUACACAGAUGAAGAAGAUCCCAGAAUAAUUGGAGGGUCUUUCUGCCGCCCAGGAGCAUGUCCUUGGCAGGUACUGAUUCAGAAUAACAGAGGUUACGGUUUUUGUGGGGGCAGCUUGAUCAGUAGUCAGUGGGUACUUACUGCAGCACACUGCCUUGAUACCGUUGUCCCACAUCAAGUUACAGUGGGAGACUUUGACAAACAUCAGCGAGAACGAGAUGAGCAAAAAGUGCGAGUGCGGAACUACUGGAGACAUCCUCAGUAUAACUCGGAGAACUACAACAAUGACAUUGCUUUGAUCCAACUGACUAGUGAUGUGGUUUUUAGCCAGAAUGUACUUCCUAUCUGCCUUCCUCGCCCUAACCUAGCUACUUUGCUGAUUGAAAACGUAGCCCGUGGAACAGUUAGCGGAUGGGGUGCAACGUAUGCUAAGGGCAGGUUGACUCGCUUUCUCAUGAAAGUGAGAUUGCCCAUUGUGAGUAUGGAGACCUGUCGGCAGUCGACCAAGAGGCUCCUUACGGACAACAUGUUUUGUGCAGGUUAUGAUGCAGAAGGGCAGGAUGCUUGCAAAGGAGACAGUGGUGGACCAUUUGCUGUAUCUUAUCACCAUACUUGGUAUCUCUUGGGGAUUGUCAGCUGGGGGGAAGGUUGUGCUGAAGUGGGAAAAUAUGGAGCUUAUACUCUAGUAUCCAAUUAUAUUUCAUGGAUAACGGAAGUAAUUGAAAGUGUAAGUCAUUCUGAAGGCUUUUUGUAAACCCUGCAGUGAAAACUGAUCAGUCUAAAACAGUGUUGUCCAAACUUGGCCACUUUAAGAUGAGUGGAC